AUGGCUGCACUGGGGGUUUUGAGGUCAGUAGUCCUAAUCCUAUUAUACUUCGUUUCGUAUAACUCUUGCGAUGGAGGGAGACUUCCGAAGCGGGCGAAUAAUUACAGAGCGGAAUUGAUCCGCAGAGAGUCCCGGUUGUCUCCAUUUGCAAAAGCCCACAACCUGACCACACCUCAACGGGUGCGGCGAUCUGUGGAUAUGAGCCAAAGGCGGCUGGAGAGGCUGCAGGCCUUGGCAACAGGACGCGCCGCAAAUUUCUACAGCCCGGUGAGUGUAACCGACAACGAAUUCAUAAUGCAAAUGGGCAUAGGGCGUCCCUCUCCACUUCUACAGCAUAUGAUUGUCGACACAGGCAGCGACCUCAUUUGGCUGCAAUGCGGACCCUGCAUUAGCUGUUAUACACAAAAGGAUGCCUUGUACAAUCCCCAUAGAUCUUCCACAUACAUGAAUGUUUCAUGCAAUAGCAAGUUUUGUAAUGGGCUGAAUUCAAAUUCGUGCCGUUAUCCUGACUCGUGCGGGUACUCGUAUGGAUACGGAGACGGUUCACUCACGUCCGGAAACAUGGCCUCAGAAACUUUCAGUCUGAAAAGAAGUGAUUCGGCUUCGUCCGGGUGGGAAGCUAUUCCGCACAUUGCCUUUGGCUGCGGUAACCAGCAGGAGGGUGAUUUUGGUGGUGUCGCCGGUUUAGUUGGUCUUGGAAGAGGCGUCCUUUCUCUGGUGUCUCAGCUGGGCGAGACCAUCAAACACAAGUUUUCAUACUGCUUGGGAUCUGUUGAAGACGAGUCCAGCGUUAGCCCUCUCUUUUUGGGAGACGCUCCGAUUGCUGAUCUUCCUGGAAAGUUUCAAUCUACUCCUUUCAUUGGAGUUAAUGACUCCAAUUACGUUUCAACUUUCUACUAUCUUGACUUGCAUGGAAUCAGUGUUGGCGGCACGGCGAUUAAAUAUCCGGCUUCUACAUUUUUAGUUGAUUCUUAUGGAAACGGCGGGCUGAUAAUCGAUUCCGGAACCACGCUGACUUUUCUGGCCGACCCUGCGUACGAGCCCUUCCUGGCCGCUGUCAAGUCUAGUAUCAAGGCUAAGCCUGUGAAUGCUUCUUCUAUCGGCGGAACCGAUCUUUGCUACAAAAGCACGGUGACCGUGUCGAAGCUUCCGCAAAUUGCUUUUCAUUUUGCAGGAAAUGCAACAUUUAAUGUGCCUCCACGGAACUCGUUUCCCUUGGUAGAGGAUGAUCUAGGACGGAAGUUGCUGUGCUUGGCAUAUUCUAGUGCAGGGCCUGAAGGUUCCUUGUCUACAUUUGGAAAUAUUCAGCAGCAAAAUUACAAUAUCAUUUAUGAUCUGGGCAAGAACAAACUCUCGUUUGCUCCUGCCAUCUGUAACAGUCUAUGA